AUGUGGUCUGUGUGGACCAGCGGCUUGGUCGCCGUGCUCGGCGCCAUGGCCGUGUGGAAUGCGUGGCACACGCCCGCUCCGGCCGCGCACCGACGUAUUGUCGCGAUCGGCGACUUGCACGGCGACUAUGCGCAUGCGCUGGCCAUUGCCGAGGCGGCAGGCUUGAUUGCCGCUACGACCAAUGUGACAUGGACAGGAGGGCCGACUGUGCUGGUCAGCACGGGCGAUACCGUGGACCGUGGCGACGAUACCAUGGCCAUAUACCGCUUCUUCCAGACGCUGCGCACACAGAGCGCAGCCGCAGGGGGCGAAGUGCAUACGUUGCUGGGCAAUCAUGAGAUGAUGAAUGCCAUGAUGGAUUGGCGGUACGUCACGCCGGGCGACAUCCACGCCUUUGGCGGGAAAGACGCACGCCGUGCGGCCAUGUCGACCACGGGCUGGCUUGGCCAGGAAUGGCUCACGCAGUAUACACUCACGGCGUCUAUUGCCAUGCUGGAGGAGGCGACGGCGUCCAUCCCCUCGCCCCGCGUGUCGUUUGUGCAUGGCGGCAUCGCCUUGCCAUUCGCCCAGCAGUACGGCCUCGAUGGCCUCAACACACACGGCCAUCGUCUGCUCGCCCGCGCACUGAAUACGACCGAUCCUACCGGCUUCCUCCCGCCCUCGACGACGCCAGACGAGCAGGCGAUCUACUCGGCGGACGGCCCACUAUGGUACCGCGGCUACGCCCUGGAUCCGCCGGCCAAGGCAUGCGCCCAUGCCAACGCAACACGCGAAGCGCUGGGUGUCGAGUCGCUCGUUAUGGGCCAUACGCCGCACAUGGGCGGCAUAGACGCGCGGUGCGACGAUGCACAGUUGUUUGUCAUCGAUACCGGCAUCAGCCGUGCGUACGGAGGACGGCUGAGUGCGUUGGUCAUCGAUACAUACGAGCAACGUGCGUCGCGCUGGUCGUCGGAUGCAUGUUGGCAUGCUACGUAUUCCGCCUUGUACGUACCAGGCGGUCUACAUCGUCUAUCACACAAGACAAGGUGUCGUCGCCGUGCCUUCAGCUAG